AUGCGCCAGUCCAGCGCUUCGGGUUCGAAGGGCGGAAUCAUUCCAACUCAAUCAACAAUCCAACCAGAGGCCGAAUCCGCAGAUGAUCGACCCUGGAAAUACAUUGGCUAUCGGCUCUUCUCCCGUUGGGUGGGAUCAGAUAAAGCCUUCUUUGCGUUCCGGAAAUUCUCUACUUUGCACGCUCGCGUAAUUUUGGGAUUACAAGAUGACAUCAGUCUCCUCGAGGAACAAUUGGAUCUACUCGAGAACUUUUACUCUCGACCUGGACCAAAAGACUUUGAAAAUGGUUCUUUCCGCAGGGACACAAGUACAGAGCGAAAGACGCUACUCGAAAAGAUUCGCGUAGCUCUAGAAAGAUACGGUAUAUACUUCUAUCACAGCUUUGUCAUUAACCCUCGUCUAA